CCUGUUUUGAAAAUUUGAAAAUUGCUCUUAAGUUAAGAAAAGAAUCGGAUAGACAGGAGAAACAAUCAAUUACGACACAAUGACGACUUUGUUCUGUAUUGUGCUGCUUCUGUUACAAGCUACAACCAGGAAAUGCUUUGCAGAUUUCAAUCUUAUCGAUCGUAUCAGAGCAACCGUUACAACAAGCCAGUCUAGUAUAUUUGCUCCAAUAAAUAAUCCACAGGAUUUUAACUCUCGUAAAGCAAUAGACGGAUUGCAGAAUUAUUCUAUAGAUCAUUGUAAAUGUUGCAGUGUUACAAAUGGAGCAUCUCCUUCAUGGUGGCAAAUUGAUCUUGGACAGAAAUACCUGUUAGGUGGUUUACAAAUAUUUGGACGUGCAACAAAGGAUGAAUCGCAAUUGGAAUAUGCUGAAGUUUAUGCUAGCAACGUGUCAAUGAAGCCAGGAAAAGCUGCAUAUAAAAUGAAGGUUUACGACGUUCCAUCGAUGAAUGCUUCGACAAGGAAUUUUACAAAACAAUUAGACGCAAUAAUCGCGCAGUACUUCUUAGUAGAAUUGAACCAGGAAGUGUUGACUCUGUGUGAAUUCAAGCUUAACGAGAAAGAGUGUAAAGUCGGUUACUUUGGAUCGGGAUGUUUGCAUAGUUGUCACUGUUCAGAUAAUAACAGAUGUGAUCAAGUGACAGGGACAUGUCGGACACCUGGUUGUCUUGCAGGAUGGAAAGGCGAAGCAUGUCCGGAAGAAUGUUAUCAUCGAAAAUUCGAUAUAGGGUGUAACAAAAUGUGUCAUUGUAAAGACAACACAAGUUGUGAUCAUAUAAGCGGACAUUGUGAUACAGGAUUGUGUGAUCCGGGCUGGUUAUUACCUUCAUGUAGCCAAGCAUGUGGCCAUCGAAGGUUCGGACAGGAUUGUACUUCGGUUUGUCAUUGUUUAUAUAAUACAAGUUGUAAUACAAUAUCUGGAGAAUGUCACAAUGGUAUAUGUGAUCCUGGAUGGCAGACUCCUAGUUGUGAUAAAGCAUGUGAUUUUCACACAUUUGGUUUUAAUUGUUCAUCGACAUGCCAUUGCCUUAAUAAUACAAAUUGCAACAGUACAACUGGGGAAUGUGGUAUCGGUAUGUGUGACCCUGGUUGGCAAGGAUCUAGCUGUGAUCAAGCCUGUGAUCACAGGUCAUUUGGCCUUAAUUGUUCAUCGACUUGCCACUGCCUGAAUAAUGCUGCUUGCAAUGGUACAACUGGAAAUUGUGUUCUCGUUUUAUGUGACUCUGGUUGGCAAGGUCCUAGAUGUGAUCAAGUAUGCGAUCAUCGUUCAUUCGGGUAUAAUUGUUCAUCUACUUGCCACUGUCUUAACAAUACAAAUUGCAACAGUACAACUGGGACCUGUAUUACUGGAUUAUGUGAUCCUGGUUGGCAAGGACCAAGAUGUGAUCGAGUAUGUGAUUAUCGUGCCUUUGGAUAUAAUUGUUCAUCAACUUGCCAUUGUCUUAACAAUACAGAUUGCAACAGUUCAACGGGGCGAUGUUAUAUCGAAUUAUGUGACUUUGGUUGGCAAGGUCCUAGAUGUGAUGAAGAAAAGAAUAUAUUGAGACGUUCAGAUGUGCUGACAGAUAUGUCAUCAACAUUCCUUAACUGGACAUCAAAUCUAGCAAUCGAUGGAAGCAUUGGUCCAAAACCUGACGUUUGCAAUUGCUGUAGCGGCACAAAGAAUUCCCUAAUAUCCUGGUGGACAGUAGAUUUGGGAAAACGGUAUCCUAUUAAUAGUGUUACUGUGUUCAGUAGAGAGUUUGAUCAGUUAUAUCAGCAGCUCGCCGAUUUUGAGCUAUAUCUUGCUAACGAUACUGGGAAAAACUCGUUUCAUCUGGUGGAAAAUAGCACAAGAAGAAUUGAUGGAAAUAAACACGUUCUUACAUUUUCAAAUAAAUUGACAAGAUUCAUUAAGAUUCAGAGACCAGGCGUCCUUACUCUGUGCGAAGUGAUGGUGUCUGAAGGGGAAUGUCAGGUCGGAACAUUUGGCGAAGAAUGCUCCGAGAUAUGUCACUGUGCUGAUGACCUUGCUUGUGAUAAAACAAGUGGAUAUUGUCAGUCAGAUGCAUGUAAAUCUGGUUGGAUCGGUAAAUCAUGUAACCAAGAAUGUCCAAAAAACAGAUUUGGUGACCGAUGUAGUGAGACUUGUUUUUGUGCUGAAGGUACAUGCACUAGUAACUAUGGGGUAUGUCAGAACGGUUGUCAACAAGGGUACACUGGCUUUCAUUGCAAUCAAGUUGGUGAUUUCAACAAUCAUACCCGUCCAGCUAAUGAAGAGAAGAAUUCAUCAGCUCUCAUAGCAGUUGUUAUCGGCGGAUCAAUUGCUGUUCUGAUCAUAUGUGUAUUAGUAGGUGUGGUGGUUGUGAAAUUAAGACGAAAAAGCAGCGAAGGUAAUAAAAGUCACUACUCAACGCCAAACUCUCGAGCUAACCAAGAUGAUCAGGAUUAUGACACUUUAGAUAUACUUAAUGAUAACCAAGGCCGAAGGCACACUACGUAUCAAAAUGAAGUUGUGUCGAACAUGUGAUGUAUUUGACUAGAAAAAGCCUGAUAAAAAGUCGAGUGUAUUGGAAUCUUAUUAAACGAAUAUGACAAUUAUUUUUCAUUCAUUCAUUCAUCAAAUUAUUUGAUCAAUGUUGAAGCUUUUAUCACGCAUGAACUGCAGUUCUUAAUAUUAAACUUUUUGUCAAGCAUUUGUGUUUAUGUUAAAAAUUACAUUCAUUCUAAACGAAUAAUUUAACAUGGUAAAAUAAAAACAUUUAAAGAAAUGCACUUGAAAAAUGGAAUAUGUUUGAUAUUUAACAUUUAAACCUUUUAUUUCUAGUAAAUUUUGAGGAGAUUUAUGCUAUUUCAGAAUGGUAUAUUACAAAUGAUAUGAAAACAUGCUAAACAUUCUUAUCUAAUCAUAAAGUUUGUUCCUGGUAUCAUUAUUGUUCUGUCAUAAACUAGUUCAGAAUGGUUCAUAGCAUUAUAUUGAUUUGACUUACCUAUACUUUAAUAGACUCUGACUUAUAAGGCGUUAUCAAUUAUGAUAUUGUGAACCCGUUUCUUUGUAAAAUAAUAGAUCGAAAAAUCUUUAUUCCUUGCAUUGAUUAAUAUAUGUAUAGUAUGAAGGAUAAUUGUGCUUUUAUUAUAUAACAAUGCAAACUUACCUGUAUCAUAGUUUGGAGACGUUUCCAUUGAAUACGGGUUAGAAUUUAAUCAUACACUACUAAUACAUGCACAAUAUGUCAAAUGGAAUGCAGGUAUUAGUUACACAAACUCCAGUUACAACACUGUCUGUCUGAGAUAAACAUAGAGCCUGCUUGUUGAUUGGCUCAUUUUUGUUGUUGUUGAUUUGGGGGAUCAAAGUUACUUUUUUCUAGGGUUUCAUAUAGUGUCGACAGGGACGGUGAUUUUAUUUCUGUCUAUGAUACAAAAGAGAAACAACACCAAAACACUCGACAAUCUGAUUUAUACUCGGGGAAGCGGCUACGCCUCCUUGCACAUGUCACAUUACCCUGUGUUUCGAUGCUCCUAUUACUUUAUAGCUUUUCUACAGAUCGGUUAAAGCGUGAAAUCUACAUAACGGCAUCACCAAAACACUUAUACUUCCCUUAUAUUUAGGACGGCAAAUCAUAUGUUCCCAGUUGCAACUGGCCGUUGGUAUAUCACACCAUACGAUAAGGGAAGGUGUAAACGUCAAAUUAACAUAGGAGAUUCAUGUAAUCAUUUAUCUUUUUAACGAAAUCAAAAGCAGAUGAUUCUUAUUUAAUUUCAUAGAUAUCCAAUAUUUAGUUGAUUCAUAGGGUAUUUGAUGAAACAAUUUAUACGGUAGUCUUACACGUGAAAUAGCAGGCCACUCAAUCUGCCUAUGACAUUCAAUAGAAACAUUGAUGAGAGACAUGUCAUGUGCAUUUUCCACUUUUUUUUCUGUUCAAUAAACACAUCUACUUUAAAAACAAAACCAACCGUUAAAUGUUAAAGGCAACUUGUGUUUAAAUGUCAAACAAGAUUAAGAAGCGGCGAUGACAGUAUAUCGUUUACGAAACGCUCCAGACGACCAAAGGUAGCAUGGGCGAAAUAUUGUACAGUGCGUUACAAAAACCUUUGAAAAAGACAGACAUCUCACCCACUGUAUGGGAACCAGUGACAUUUUUGUUUUAAAAUAAUACUUUAAAAUAUGAAAUUCAUAAAGUAAAAGCAACAUAAAAUGUAUUAAGUAUACACC